AUGGCCUAUCCACCCAUCGUGUCUGCGCUAGGGGCAGGCAGGCAGAGGGAGAAGGACGUUUUCGCUUCCAUGCUGGUUCAGAUUCUCGGGGUGAAGGAAAACAGGGAUUUGGAGCAAGGAUUUGGUGCUGCUAUGCAGAAUCUGCUGUCUGGCGGGCUGGAGAAGGCGCAUGCAGAGAAGAAGGUGAGAGCAGGCAGGGGAGUUGUGGGAGGAAGCAAGGGUAAACGGCAGAUGGAGAAUGAUGGGAACCUGGAAGGGUCAUGGGAAAGCACGGACGGUGGUGGUAAGGAUGGUAGGGAUGGGAAGGGUGGGCAGUGGAGGGAGCAUCUGAAGGGCGUGUGUGGGAGAGGUAUGUGGAUGGCAUGGCUUGGAUUCUGGAGCAUGGAGGGGGGGAAGGGAGGGAGUUCAGGUGCAGCCACUGCAGUGAGGGGGCCGGCAGCAGCAGCAGCAAUCUGGAAGGCAGGGAUAUUCCGAAGGGCAUUCUUCACGUAUCGUGCUGCCUGCAUUCUGAAGUGGGCUCGCACCUAUGGCUCUGAAGUCAUCCCCGCUAGUCAAUGCUGCAAGGACAGCCCCCAAGGGAAGGUCCGGCCCAUGCGCCACCCGCUUCGGGACCUUCCGAGCCUGCUGGUCAGGCUCGGCGCCAUCCCCAAGCCUGUGGACCAAGGCAGCUUCUCCUGGGAGUGGGACGAGUGGCCUCAGGGCGAUGAAACUGUGGUGAAGCUUCCUGAUGACCCGAGUGCAAGAUUCUUUCGUCUGGGAAUUGUGGAGGAAGCAAGUGGGACAGCAGAGGAGUGCGGGGCAGGGGAGAAGGGCGGACAGGGGUCAUCUGGGCCGGGGCCAAAGGCAGGAAGCAAGAUGGGGGCUGGGAGGGAGCAUAGAGGAGGCAAAGGGAUGGGCAAGCUGGAGGGAAGCAUCAGAGGGCACGGGAAAGAAGAGAGAAUCAGAGGGCUGACGAGCGAAGACCAGAGAGGCCUGCACCGGCUGCUGACAGAUCUGCUGCCGCUAGUGCAAAGGAAAUACCCCAUCGUUCGCUGCACUGCCGAUGCCGAAUUCCUAGUGGAGUUUGCCGGGUGCAUGAUCAAGCCACCUGCAUGCGCACAGUGCAAACAGUGCUUUGCUCUCUUUAACCAUCGCAUCCCUUUCCUCGGGGUCGUCGCCAACUACGCCUACCGACCUGCCUCCAUCCUUUUCAACCGCUUUGUAUCCAUCUUCCCCCCACAUUCUCAGCAAUUCAACCAUCUGACUGGUCUUAUCGGCCUGCCGCCGUUCCCUGCCAGCGUACCUGGCUUUCUAAGGUCGCCUGUGGUGCAGGCGCAGGCAGAACAGGUCCCCGUUGUCUUCCUGCUGCAAGUGGCUUACAACUGGCCGCUCUCCAUCCUGGGAAUCGGGGACUUGCAGCAUUUUCACAGGCGGGAAUGGGAGGAGGAGCAGGAAGGACUGGGCGCGAGGCGUGGAGGGGAGGAGGUGGAGGAGGAAGAGGAGGAGGAUGGGAGGGUGUGGGAGGAGGUGCGGACGUGGUGCCUUGCGGUGCUGUCUGCAUGGGCGGGCAGCUGGAAGCUGGCGGUGCGGGGAUUGGGAGGCACGUGCAAGGGAAAGAAACAGGCUGGGCAGGAAGGAUUGGAGGGAGGCGUGUAUUUGACUGAGUGGGGGCGUGAGCUGUGGAUCAAGGCCAUGACACCCCGCCCUGCUACCGCCUCCCCUGCUGCCCCUUCCACCUCUGCUGCCCCUGCCACCCCUGCUGGCCAUUCCAGCCCUGCUCCCUCGUCCACCCCCCCUGCUCCACCUGCUGUCGCCACAUCAUGCACUGCACCUGUUUCUGUUACAGGAGGCUCUGGUUCUGCUGCGUGUGGGAGGCGUGUGUGCGGUGCUGCAAGGUGUGGGACGGUGGAGGGCGGUGGUGUGAAGCUGAAGAACUGCUCUGGGUGUGGCAAGGUGGCGUAUUGCAGCAGAGAGUGCCAAAAGGCACACUGGCCCUCCCACAAGCUCACAUGCCCCGGCAGAACCAGCGGGAGAGGAGGUGGCAGCAGUGGUAAGGUGAGUGGAACAGUGAGUGAGACAAGGUGGCAGCAGCAGGGUGUGUGGCAAGGGGAAUGGCAAGGGGAGUGA